AUGUCGGCUAAUCCCAUCCGAGGAAUCCGGCGGAAAAAAUCGUCGCUCACCGAAGUGAAGAUAGCGGUUUUGGGGGCUCCCGGAGUCGGCAAAAGCGCAUUGACCGUGCGGUUUUUAACAAAGAGAUAUAUUGGCGAAUAUGACCACCAAGCUGAAACGAGGUACAAGCAUGAAGUGAUGGUGGACAGCGAACCGAUUCUUUUCGAGAUACUAGACACCUGUCCAAAAAAUGACGAAGAGUUACCUUUGAACGACGUUUACAAUUGGGCGGACGCGCUUGUGCUGGUGUUUGCUAUAACAGAUAGACGUUCGUUUAAUUACGUUCGCCGAGUAAAACAAACUAUGUUGGACACUUUCGAAAUGCCCGUGGCGCUGGUGGCCAACAAGGCAGAUAUGGUUCAUCUCAGACAAGUCAGCACAGAAGAAGGUGAAAUAUUGGCGAAAGAUUUCGAAUGUUGUUUCACUGAAGUGGCGGCCGCCGAACAAGUGGGACAGAUCGCCGAGGUGUUCCUCGAAGUUUGCAGAGAGGUGUUGAGUGUCCGGCGGAAGAACAAACAAUCUUUGCUAGACCGGAUGUUGGGCGGCAAGACGGCUGUUGUAAAGGCGUACGCCCGUGGUAAAAGCGACAGCGCUUUGCCAAAAGAUUAA